GGUCACCUUGUCCUCCACGGACUGUUACAUUGUGCACGAGAUCUACAACGGAGAGAACGCUCAGGACCAGUUUGAGUACGAGCUGGAGCAGGCCCUGGAGGCACAGUACAAGUACAUAGUGAUAGAGCCCACGCGCAUCGGGGACGAGACGGCGCGUUGGAUCACUGUGGGGAACUGCCUGCACAAGACGGCCGUGCUCGCGGGCACCACCUGCCUCUUCACCCCUCUGGCCCUUCCAGUAGAUUAUUCUCACUACAUCUCCCUGCCUGCAGGUGUGCUGAGCGUGGCUUGCUGCACCCUCUAUGGUAUCUCUUGGCAGUUUGAUCCCUGUUGCAAGUACCAAGUCGAGUAUGAUGCCUAUAAACUCUCCCGCCUGCCCCUGCAUACACUCACCUCCUCCACCCCCGUGGUGCUGGUGAGGAAGGACGACCUGCACAGAAAGAGACUGCACAACACGAUAGCACUCGCUGCCCUGGUGUACUGUGUAAAGAAGAUCUAUGAACUCUAUGCUGUAUGA